GGAAAUUAGCCGAGCACCGUAAUAACAUCACCAAUACUCUGUAACGACGGCGUAGCAUAAAUUUGCAAUUCAUUUUCCUUUUCCUUCCCUUGGAUUGACGUAUUUAUCUUGCAGCGCUUUUCCUGCCUUUUCUCCUCAGGCGACUUUUAUUGAUAAUGGUCAGGGGCAUUGCCGGCUUAGAAGUGAGAUCUAGAUUUCGAAGUCUUAACCAUCUUUAUGCCCAGUUUUGUGGAUUCCCAGCAUCGUCAACGAGCUUCAAAACCAACCAUACUCAAGUAUAGUACUUUGGAUCGAAGCCAAAAUUUACAGCAUCUUGUAUCUCACGUCUCAGAGUUUUCUCAAUCACUCAUCUUAGUAGCAAUCAAGUCACUAAACCGACGAGAAGACAAAAACAGAAAAUGGCGCCAAAAACACGAUCUCAGACAUCUACGCCUUCUAAGAACUCAAGAUCACCAGACUCAAAUUCAUUGGAAGUUUCGCAUGAGCAUAGGCAGGACGUUAAGCCCGUCUUAGCGAUUCUUGGGACAGGAUGGGCAGGCUUCACCCUCCUACAAGAGCUCUCAACAUCCUCACUACUCAAAACAUAUGACGUGGUGGUCCUCUCACCAAGUCGUACGAUGGCCCUCACACCGCUUCUCGCCAGCGCCGCAUGUGGUAUCUUCGACUUUCGCGUUGCUGAAGAACCAGUUCGCAGGAUUGGCAUGAUGAAUGCAGCAUCUAAUCACGGUUCAGACGGAAUCAAAAAGUACCAAGUUUGGGUCGACAAUGUCGACUUCGAGGAGAGGAUUUUGAAAUGCAGACCAGCUGUAGGCAGUAAUGGCGAUGAGAAACGGGAGGAAUCAGUGCAUUUAUACUCGAGGUCUAAAGGUUCCAAUGGCGGAAAUUCAAAAGCAGGCAAGGAUGGUACAUUCGAUGUACACUUUGACCAUCUGGUCAUCGCGCCUGGAAGCGAAACCAACACAUUCGGUACUCCUGGCGUGGAGCAACAUUGCCGUUUCAUGAAAUCCGUCUCCGAUGCUCGAGCCGUGCGUGAGAAGAUCCUCGAUUGUUUCGAGCUGGCCUCUCUCCCACACUACUCAGUCGAAGAAAAACGCUCCUUGCUGCACUUCAUCAUCGUAGGCGGUGGGCCUACAGGCGUUGAACUUGCGGCCGAACUUGACGAGCUAAUUCACGGCCAUUUGUUGGCUAUCUAUCCCCAGUGUAGGGACUUGGUGAAAAUCAGUGUGUAUGAUAUUGCGGACAGGAUGUUGGGCAUGUUCGGGGAGAAACUGAGUGAGUAUGCGAUGGAGAAAUUUAGAAAGAGGAAUGUGAGGAUCUGCAUGGGGAGGCAUAUUGAGGGGUUCGAGGAUGGAGUUAUGACAGUCAAGGAGGAUGGCGAGGUGGGGUUUGGUGUGGCUGCAUGGGCGGCGGGGAACAAAGUCUGUAGCCUUGUAGAGGCGAUGGAAGGAGUGAAGAAGGAUGAUGGCGGAAAAAUGCUCACAGAUGAGUGGUUGAGAGUUAAAAAUGAGAAAGGAGAAAUUUUAGACGGCGUGUGGGCGUUAGGUGAUGCUGCAGCCAUCGACGGGAACGAGUUGCCUCCUACUGCGGAAGUAGCAGUGCAGAAAGCCAGAUGGCUCGCAAAGCAUCUCAUCUCUCAAGGAGCCAUGGAUGAAGAGAAAAAAACAAACUCUCAAGGAAAGACGUUCCAAUACAAGCAAAAGGCGCUCGUAGCCUAUAUUGGACGGAAAGAUGGGGUCGUUGACGGGGGCGGGAAGUGGACAGGGAAAAGUGCUUGGCUUGCUUGGAGAGGAGGAAAUUUGCAGUGGACGCAGAGCUGGAGAAGAAAAUGUAUGAUCAUGAUUUAUUGGGUGCUUAAUAAGUGGGAUGGCAGGGAGGUCGCAAGACGAUAGUUCAGGAUUGAAUGGGUAGAUUUCUCGCUUAAUUGUUUACGCC